AUGGCUAGUUUUAUAAAGAAAAUUAAAAAUGAUAAGAAAAAUAAAAAUCAACAACUAAAUAUUAAUAAUAAUAAUAAUAAUGUUGUUGGACGAGAAAAUAGUUUAAAUCCGAUGCAAAAUGCAAAUCAAUUGUCAGCAAGUCAAACUCUUGUUAGGAAACCAAGUAAUACAUUAUCAUCGCCAGUUCAAUCAUCUUCAUCAUUUUCAUAUUCAUCAUCACCGAUUGCCAAUAGUACAAACCUAAAGAAAAGUCUAUCAUACUCACCAAAUUCAAAUCAACCCGACGUUGUUUCACCAAAGAAAAAUAAAUUAAAUAAUAUUAACAACAAUAAUAAUAAUAGUAGCAGUAAUAAUUCUAGUAAUAACUGUUAUAUUCAAAAUCAUAAUAAUUUUAGUAAUACAUCACAAACAACUUCAACCACUACAACCACUACAACAACAACCAAUACUUUCCAAUCCAAUAGACAGCUACAUAAAUCUGCUUAUGAAUUGGUUUCACCCAGCUCUAGAUUACCGUCGUCAGCAUCGAUGUAUUUCUCACCGAAACUUCAACCUUCACCACCGGAUUCACCACCUCUCUCACCGACAUCGUCGUCCGCCACCAACACACCGCCAGUCGCCACACUCUCCUCCAAGAAAAGUCUGAUGUUUUUGGAUUUCGGUGGAAGCAGGAAAAAGCAACAGCAGAUCGAACAGCAAUCACAACAACUCCGCGAAAACGUCGAGGAAAUGGAUAGACUACGUAGCGAAGUGGCAUCGUUGAAUCAAGCGGCCAACAACUACCUGAAGGAUAAAUUCAAGAGUGAAGAAGAAAUACAGAAUCUGCAGAAAAAGAACAGAGAUCUCUCGAAAACCAAUGAAUAUCUACUGAAGCUACUCAGUGAGUAUCGCAAUGACAUCAACAAUCUUCGUCACAUAAUCGAACAUCCAACGGCUGUGCUCAGUGACUCGACCAUCUCCAUUCCGAGUCCGUCCAUUCAAACGCCACCGGCUUCACCCGACGAUCAUCAACAACCGACAUCACUGGCGCAACAAGCAUUGGUCGAAGAUGCUAUUGCUUCCAUCAACGAUGCCAUGACCUUCAUAUUCAGCAAACCGCCAACCGCCAACGCUUCUCCCUAUCGUCGUUAUCUUCGUGAAAAGAAAAAAAGUCUAAUUUUCGAACAAAAAAUAUUACAACAACAAAAAGAAGAAAGAGAAUCGAAACAACAACAAAAAGAACAACAACCAGAAAUAACAAAAGAUCAAGAAGUUCAUGAAACAGAAGAAGAAGAAGAAAAUGACGAUGAUAAUUUUUGUAAUAAUUCACUUUUGAAUGGAUGUGAGACAUCAAAACAACAUUUGAUUCCAACACCUCCAAUUUGCACCUCUCCAGAUGACAUCUCGGAUACAACCUCCACCACAACAUCGACUUCCUCAUCACCACUGGAAUCCAGUCCAAUUCUCAAACCGAAAUCCUGUACAUUUUUGCAACACUCUAUUUCUCAGCCAUCGUCGACCAUCACCUCACCCCAAACACUCUCAAUUUCCAUCACAUCGGUAUCGUCGGUUAGCGAUGCCAACUCCUCGAUCGACAUAACACCACCCUCAACCGCAUCAAACACCGCCACCGCCAACACACCGACCACCCAAUCGCAACACCACCAACUAGUGCCUCAUCCACUAACGAUCUCCUCAUCGUCACCGGUCUCAACUUCACCGGCUCACUCCUCAUCAUCGCCAACCACCAGUGCAUCACAAGCACUGAAACGAUUCAACGAAGAACGUCCAUACUCACCACUCAAUCGCACCAAAUCACUAAUGACAGGAAUCAGUUCUUCACAAUCUCAUCAUCAUCAACAACAACAACAACAGCAACAACAACAAUUUUACAACUCAAGAAUCCGUUUGAAUGAUAUUACAAAUAAUCAAAUCAACAGUAGUGGAACUAGUAGCUCGAGUAGCACUUCCUCUUGUUUCAGCGAUGCAACCACUGUAAGCAACUUGAUAGUUGCAGGUGGUAGCGGAUCUAAUUCAUCGCCUUCUUCACCAGCCGAAGGUAGUCCAAGACCCCAACGUCUCAAUUCCUCUUGUAAAUACAACACACUCAGCAGUAACAAACAGAUAUUCAACUCCAAUAAACCAAGAAUUCCACUUAGUAGCAGCUGUAUCACCAACAACAAUAGCAACAGUAGCAAACAGUCCUCUAUGGUCUCACCAAUACAACCACUUUCAACCUCUGCCAGACCGGUCUUAAAAUCACCUUCGAUACCAAGCAGUCCACUGUUUGACUCUGCCAAUGGAAGUUGCAACACUCAAAAUAACAAUAACAACACAAUCAAACAACUCAUCCAUUUUUUUGAACCAAAACCAUCUUUUAAACUUUAG